UUGAAACCGGUGCGUUCAAGAAAGGGACAUUUGUUCGGUUAAAGACAGGUUAAUGGAUCAAUGAUAAUAUAUAAUUGUAAAUAUGCCGGACACGAGACUUCUAAACCCGAAAUCCGUUGCAACGAAUGCCAAGCAUUCGAACAAGAAAGCGACUCCAGUUGAAACAACACCCGCAGUCAGAGGCAGAGAUGCCGCUCACCGCAAAAACAGGGCAUCGAGCUGCCCAAGAUGCACCCAUCACACGGAGUAUAAACCCAAAACAACGGAGAGAAGCAAUAAAGCGAUGAAAACAAAACCGACCGAGACUUCACCGAGGACAAAACCGUCCAAAUGUGCACCGAAGGAACAGCCAAUGCCAAAAACAUAUUCUCACGCGCUUUAUGAAAUCCACAGUCAGAAAGCGUUUACAGUAUUUGCACCGAAUCCAAGGAAAAGACAAGAUAUUCAGGAAAAAGCAGAAGCAGAACUGGCAGCUCUGGAGGAUCUGCGCUUGAGUCGGGCCAUGGGUUAUAUUUCCAUAUCUCCUAGUACUGUGGGUGGAUGCUUAACUCUGGAAGAGGUCAGGGCAAAGCAACAACAAGACUUGCAAAUCAAGAGAAGACAAAAGCAGGUUAAAACUGUGUUUUAGAAACUUCUUAAGCUGUGCAAGAACAAAGCUAGACCAGUUAGAAAACUGCCCACAGCAGAACAUAUUUAUAUUUACUUUGUGUUUAAGUUUGAAAAGUGCAGCUAAACUCAUUGGACCUCCUGAUGUGACCUUAUGUUCUAAAUUAAUAUUUAUGAAUAUCUGUGAAAUGUAAAGCACAUGAGUCUGGGUGGUG